AUGCAUGAACUUAGACGCUCCUCACCCUUGGUUGCCAAUAAAGAUACUGUUGGUCUAGAGAAGCAUGUGAAUUCUGUCGUGUCAAUCCUUCUGAAGGAGGACAAACGGCUUCGUGUUGCUUCAAUUGUUGAUUAUAAGCCCAUGAAGACCAUCAAGGAACUCAUUUUACAACUGGCAAGUCCAGAAGAAGAUAAAGUGAAGAUAGUGGAUACGAUGGACAAAUUGUCAGAGGCUGGUUUGGAGGAAAUGCUCCAGAGGCGUUUGGAAGCUACAUGUUAUCUCAUUGUUCUUGAUGACAUCUGGACCACAGAAGCAUGGGAUCUCAUUGUUAGGUCAUUUCCUGACAACAAUAAGUCAAGUAGAUUGCUACUUACCAGCCGCAGUAAGGAGGUUGCCUUGCAUGCAGAUGCUCAUACUACACUCUAUGAACAUAAAGUAUUGAGUGAAGAGGAGAGCUGGGAACUCUUUCUCAAGAAAGCAGUUGCCGAGGAUAGAGAGUUUCCACAUGACUUGGUGGGCGUGGGGAAAGAGAUUCUGGAAAAAUGUGACGGUUUGCCACUGGCAAUCACUGUCAUUGGAGGCCUCUUGGCUGGGAAGAAGAAGCAAAGAAGUGAGUGGCAGAGAGUACAACGAAACCUUGAUUUACACCUCGUCAGAAGUCAAACUUAUGGUGUAUCAGCAAUUUUGGCAUUGAGUUAUAAAGACUUACCUCCCCAUUUAAAAUCUUGCUUUCUCUACUUAGGCCUUCUCCAAAAAGGCAAAGACAUCCCUGUGAGGCAACUCAUGCUCAUAUGGAUUGCGCAUGGUCUUAUUCAUCAAAAUGGAGAACAAAAGUUAGAGGACAUUGUAGAGGAUUAUCUAGAUGAUCUCAUUGGCAAAAAUAUGUUGCAAGUAAUCCAAGUUAGAGCAGAUGACAGAGUUAAAAGUUGCCGGCUUCAUGAUCUCCUACGAGACUUUUGUAUAAUGCAGGCCAAGGAAGAAAUGUAUCUCGAGGUAGAUUAUCCAUCUAUAUCCCUCUCUGAAUCUCGGCACCAUGUCCUUUAUCUCCACUCGAGAGGUACGAAUAUUUGGGAAAUUCAAAAUCGUAUAUAAGAUCCCUUCUAUCCUUUGAUUCAUCUGCUAAAGUAGUUAACCUAAAUUGUAUUUGUACAAGUAGUUUCAAACUUCUCAAAGUGCUAUACAUAGACUCUCGUUGUUUAAAUGUGAUCUCAGAUAGUAUUGGGAAACUAUGUUCCUUAAAGUACUUAGGCAUAGGAUGGAAGACAUGUAUUAAGAAGUUUCCCCAUUCGAUAAGUCGUUUGCAGAACUUGGAAACAAUAGAUAUGCCCAUGUCUAGGUUUUAUUCUGUGAAAGUUCCUAAUGUCUUGUGGAAGUUAGAGAAUUUACGGCAUAUACUUGGUUACAUAAAUUCCCCCAGCCUAUUGAAGAUUGACCUACCUAACAAU